AUGGCUACAGACGCCACCCUAAUUACCAUAAACAAUACAAUUUUCAGUGCAGUAGUGUUCGACGACUACAAUUCAGACCCAGAUAGAAGAUUUGUUUCCUAUAAUGUCACCAUUGACAUGCCACCCAAAAUUGUGUCUGAUGGCAUCUGGGGUAACACAGACUAUGGUGCAUUACCAGAAAGAGCCUCGAUGCCAUUGUUGGAGCUCCAAAUUCUCACCAUUUUCACCAUCACACAAUGCUUUCAUUUGGUGCUCAAGCGUUGGGGCUUCCCCUAUUUCGUUUCUCAGAUGAUGGCUGGUUUUGUUUUAGGUCCUUCUCUCAAGAUAGAUGCCUUGAUAAGCCAGAAAAACAAGUUGUUCCCUUACGGCAGUGAAGACUUGUUGAACCUAGUGUCAAUAUUGGGGUACACAUUCUUUCUAUUUUUGAAUGGGGUGAACAUGGAUUUUAGCAUGAUAACGAGAACUGGGAGGAAAGCUUGGGCAAUUGCUCUUUCCUCCUUGAUGAUUCCAUCACUUGUUGGUCUGUCACUGUGCUACAGCUUCAUGGGGCACUGGCAAAAAGUCCUAGGAGAGUUUGAUGGAGGAAGACUCCCGGUGGUAGUAAUAUCGCAGACAGGGUGUUCCUUCACAGUGGUAGCUUCUCUUCUCUCUGAUUUGGAGAUUUUGAACUCUGAACUUGGACGCUUGGCACUCUCAUCAGCUCUUGUUAUGGAUGUGACAGGCACAGUUGUGUCAGGGUUAGGCACUGCUGUUGUAAGCAGCCUUAGAACCGAUUCUCAUGAUCAUUCUGCGGGAAAGGGACCUCAACUUGCCAUGUACACUGUCACCAAAUACGUUCUUUUCGUGACAGUUGUGACUUCGAUAGGACGCCCCGCAAUGAGAUGGAUUGUGAGGAACACACCUGAAGGAAGACCUAUGAAGAAAGUAUACACCUAUGUGGUGGUCCUCAUGACCUUCUUCGCAGGGUUGUUUGGAGUGUGGGCUAACCAGACUGUGUUAGGUGGAGUGAUCCUCCUAGGUCUUGCUGUGCCAGAAGGUCCUCCACUGGGCUCUGAAUUGAUCAAACAGUUUGAGUUGUUCAACACUUGGUUCCUUUUGCCAACCUUUGUCACCUGUUGUGCCAUGAAAAUUGAUCUUUCCGCGCACAUUAGUUGCGAGCUAGCUCUCACGGUGAUCUCCUUCGUUGUUGUUGUGCAUUUGAUGAAGAUGCUUCUCACUGUCGGAAUCUGUCGCCAUUGCAACAUGCCCAAAACCGAUGGUUUGUGCCUCGCUCUCAUGUUGAGCUGCAAAGGAGUAGUUGAUUACGUCACCGACGUCUUUCUGUUUGACUCACUGGUAUGUGAUUAA